UUGAGCAACACCAACACAAUGUCGCAAACACUAGCACCACGUAUAGCCCUACGACUGAGCUCAAGAAGCUCACUAAUUGCUUCUUCAAAAGCAAUUGAGUUGCCAUGCCGUAAUCUUUGCGCUUUCCAUGCCUCUACAACGCUAUGUGGCCCAAAGUUAAGGAGCUUCUCCAAGUACCCGCCGCUGUGGAAGAAGGCUGGAAAAGCCAACAAGUCCCAUGCGAAGACUGACUCGAGCCCGCCUGUUGGCCAGACCGGCGAACCUACACCGACCGACGAGAUCUACGACAUGUCAGAGCUUGAGGCUUCCAUACUGAAGGCGAUUGAGAAGCUCACACACGAUCUGGCUCAGCUACGAAGUGGAGGAAGGUUGAACCCAGAUAUCGUCGAGAGCUUGAAGGUGCAGCUCGGCACCGCAGGACAGGGCAAAGAGACUGUCAGACUGGGUGACAUUGCGCAGGUAGUUCCAAGAGGGAGAGUCCUGAACGUCAUCUGUGGAGAUGAUGCACACAUCAAACACAUAAUGAGCGCCAUCGCCGCCUCGCCACACUCCCUCACACCUCUUGCGCCAGAGCAGAACAACCCUCUUACCAUCCAAGUCCCUCUCCCACCGCCGACUGGCGACACACGACGAGACGCGAUCGAGUCUGCGAAGAAGACAUCCGAGAAGGCCGAUGCCAUGGUUCAGCGCGCACGACAGGACCACAACAAGCUGAUCAGGAAGUACGAGCUCAACAGGGAGGUGCGCCCUGAUGACAUUCAGAAGGCGAAGAAGCGCAUGGAAGAGGUUGUCAAGAAGGGGCACGACGAGGUCAAGCGCAUCGCUGAUGGCGCGAAACGAGUGUUGGAGAGCCAGUAG